AUGUCCGUCCUGCUGGAAACCUCCUUGGGCGACAUCACCAUCGACUUGCUGGUGGACGACGCGCCUAAAUGCUGUGAAAACUGGUCACGUAGCUUCCUUAAGCUAUGCAAAGUGAAGUACUACAACUUCUCGCCUGUGCAUAGCGUUCAGCCAAACUUCUCCUUCCAAACCGGCGACCCCAUUGGCCCAGGCUCCCAGGACAGCGAUGGCGGCCGCUCGAUAUGGGGCUUGCUCGAGCCUACCCAAAUAGCAAAGAAGACCUUUGUGCCCGAAUUCCGGCCUAAGCUAAAGCAUGCGGAGAUGGGCACUGUUAGCAUGGCCACGGCCCCCAAUCCAGACGACCCUGAUGAACGGUUCGCAGCCAGCCAAUUCAUUAUUACCCUGGGCCCGAACAUUGAUUUCCUCGAUGGCAAGGCAGCCAUUUUUGGGUCCGUGGUUGAGGGCUUUGAUACGCUUGAGAAGAUCAACACAGCAUAUAUCGAUGACAACGGCCAACCACUCAAGGACAUCAGAAUACUCCACACUGUUGUGCUGGACGACCCGUUCAACGACCCAGCCGGGCUUAUAGAGCCUCCAGAAAGUCCUGUACCCUCUGCAGCACAGCUUGCAACUGUACGAGUAGCCUACGAUGAGAACAUCGAGGAGGAAAAUGACCCAGAAGCAUUGGAGAAGGUGCGCCGAGAGCGUGAGGCGCGCGCACAGGCGCUCACGCUGGAGAUGGUUGGCGAUCUUCCAUUUGCCGAAGUGGCACCGCCUGAGAACGUGCUGUUUGUGUGCAAACUUAACCCCGUUACACAAGACGAAGACUUGGAGCUCAUCUUCUCUCGAUUCGGCAAGAUCCUGAGCUGUGAGGUCAUCCGCGACAAGCGAACAGGGGAUAGCCUGCAGUACGCCUUCAUCGAAUACGCGAAUCAGAAGGACUGCGAGCAGGCCUACUUCAAGAUGGACGGCGUCUUGAUAGACGACCACCGCAUACACGUCGACUUUUCGCAGAGUGUCUCGAAGAUUGCAGACGAUUGGCGAGAUGACGCAAACAAGAAGCGCAAACGUGCAGCGGGCGGCUUCGGCGGCAUCGACAAUCUGGAAAAAAAGAGGCAAUACCGCGAAGGGGGACGCCAGAUCGUACCGGACUCUGUGGUGAACCGCCUCGUCGUUGACAGAGAAACCCCCAACAAUGCACCAGCGCCCCCACGAAACGUAGAUCAAGAGAGACGACGUGACGACACUCGAAGACGCGAGCGCCGCCAAGAAUACCACGACGAUCGCUUCAAGCGAGAGCGCAGCCGCAGUCCCAAACGCGACCGCAGACACCGAGAUGACGGUCGCUACGAGGACCGACGACGUGAACGCACUCGCAGCCCCAUCCGCCCCAGAGACGAUCGACGGGACAGAAGUCGAGAUCGACACAGGAGGGACGACAGCCACCGUCGGCGCUGA